AUGGCUAGCACCUUCUGUCGUCUCCUGGCAGGCCGUGGAGCUGCUGCGCUCUUUGCAGCAGCAGGCACAGGAGCCCUAACCACUGGGUAUCUCCUCCAUCAGCAAAAUGUUAACGCUGCUGUACAAGAAAAACGAAAACUCUUCCCUCCAAGUGCAGACUACCCUGAUCUCCGCAAACAUAACAACUGCAUGGCUGAGUGCCUCACACCAGCAAUUUAUGCUAAACUAAGGGACAAGAUGACUCCCAAUGGCUACACCCUGGACCAGUGUAUCCAAACUGGGGUUGACAAUCCUGGCCAUCCUUUCAUUAAAACUGUGGGCAUGGUUGCAGGUGAUGAAGAAUCCUAUGAGGUAUUUGCUGAGAUUUUUGACCCUGUCAUUAAAGUGAGACAUAAUGGCUAUGAUCCACGCACAAUGAAGCAUCAUACAGACCUGGAUGCAUCCAAGAUCACCCAGGGUCAAUUUGAUGAAAACUAUGUCCUCUCAUCACGUGUACGUACGGGUCGUAGUAUUCGGGGCCUCAGCCUUCCUCCUGCUUGCACCAGGGCAGAGAGAAGAGAAGUAGAAAAUGUUGUGGUCACUGCUCUAGCUGGUCUGAAAGGAGACCUUUCUGGAAAGUACUACAGCUUGACCAAUAUGACUGAGAAGGAGCAGCAGCAGCUUAUUGAUGACCAUUUUCUCUUUGAUAAGCCAGUGUCCCCUUUGCUAACAUGUGCUGGGAUGGCACGUGACUGGCCAGAUGCCAGAGGAAUCUGGCAUAACAAUGACAAAACAUUUCUUAUCUGGAUUAAUGAAGAGGACCACACCAGGGUGAUAUCCAUGGAAAAAGGCGGCAACAUGAAACGGGUGUUUGAAAGAUUUUGCCGUGGUUUAAAAGAGGUUGAAAGAUUAAUUAAAGAACGAGGCUGGGAGUUCAUGUGGAACGAACGUCUUGGAUAUGUUCUGACUUGUCCUUCCAACCUGGGAACGGGUUUACGCGCUGGCGUCCAUGUUAAGCUGCCAAAGCUCAGCAAGGAUCCCAGGUUUCCGAAAAUCCUGGAGAACCUGAGGCUGCAGAAGCGCGGCACUGGUGGCGUGGACACGGCGGCUGUAGCAGAUGUAUAUGAUAUCUCCAACCUAGACCGCAUGGGUCGAUCAGAGGUGGAGCUAGUCCAGAUUGUCAUUGAUGGGGUCAAUUAUCUUGUUGAUUGUGAGAAGAAACUGGAAAGAGGUCAAGACAUCAAAGUACCACCACCAUUGCCUCAGUUUGGCAGGAAAUGA